AUGGGGACUAGCGAGGGACCCCGUGGCGGGGCGGGGGGCAGCCAGCCCACCGGCCCCCCAGCCCGGGCUCAGUCCCUGCUCUGGGGCGGGGUGGGAGCGCUGCCGGGCGCAGAGGUGCAGAAGCUGUCGAGCCUGGUGCUGCCGUCGGAAGUGAUCAUCGCCCAGAGCUCCAUCCCCGGGGAAGGGCUCGGCAUCUUCUCCAAGACCUGGAUCAAGGCUGGCACCGAGAUGGGACCCUUCACGGGCAGGGUCAUCUCGCCCGAGCAUGUGGACCUGUGCAAGAACAACAACCUCAUGUGGGAGGUCUUCAACGAAGACGGCACGGUGCGGUACUUCAUCGAUGCCAGCCAGGAGGACCACCGCAGCUGGAUGACCUACAUCAAAUGUGCGCGGAAUGAGCAGGAGCAGAACCUGGAGGUGGUGCAGAUCGGGAACAGCAUCUUCUACAAGGCCAUUGAGAUGAUUCCUCCAGACCAAGAGCUGCUGGUCUGGUACGGGAACUCCCACAACACCUUCCUGGGCAUCCCCGGCGUGCCGGGGCUGGAAGAGGAGCAGAAGAAGAACAAACAUGAGGAUUUCCACGCAGUAGAGACGGGGGCCAGCACGACAGGGCGCAUGCGCUGCGUCAUCUGCCACCGGGGCUUCAACUCCCGCAGCAACCUGCGCUCCCACAUGCGCAUCCACACCCUGGACAAGCCCUUCGUGUGCCGCUUCUGCAACCGCCGCUUCAGCCAGUCCUCCACCCUCCGCAACCACGUCCGCUUGCACACCGGCGAGCGUCCCUACAAGUGCCAGGUUUGCCAAAGUGCCUAUUCCCAGCUCGCCGGGCUGCGGGCACACCAGAAAAGCGCCCGCCAUCGGCCCCCCAACGCUUCCCUGCAGGCUCACUCACCGGCCCUGCCUGUGCCCCAUCCCGCAUCCUUGGCCCAUCACAUCCCCACCAUGGUGCUGUGAAGCCUAGGCGGGUUUUUGGACAGCAAAGACUGGAGCUGAGACAUGCAAUGGACUGGGGGGCAGCGGCAGGGCUGCUUUGGGUGCUGGUUUAUUUUUGGGGCGCUGCUGUUUGCGUGGGGUUUGUCAGGCUGUUGGGUGAGCGAGGGGACACCACCCCCCCACCCCCCCCCAGCUCUGCAAGCUGCUGGUGCAGCCGCACACCAUGCGGGAUCCACCCCGGGGGGAGCUGUGGUGUAGGGUGGGCUGCUGGUCCCUGGGGUUGGCAGGGGGAAAGGAGCAAAGGGUCACAGCAGGAUGUCCUGUGUGGGUUUGCUGGGGGAGGACUGGGGCAGCUAAAAGCUGGGCCUGGAUGAGUCACGCCUGGGUUUUACAGAUAAUUUAAUGGAAAGAAAAAUUGCUUUUAUCCCUCCUCCUCUGCUGCAGCGCAUGCCCGGGGAGAUGUGUGUCUGUUGAAAGGCUGGCACAGCCCUGUUGCAGCCACCCCGUUCAUGCCUGUUUACCCCAGCAGCAGCUUUGGCCCUGGUGGCUCUUCCCAAGUGACACAUUUCCCUUCCCGGGAGCCCUGAUUUACAAAUGGUUGUGUUUCCUCCCCUCCUCCCCAAAUCCCCUUGCCUGCUCUCCAGCCCAAGCUGUGUAUUGGGGUUUGCUCGACACCCCUGAGCAAUGCCAUGGGCAGAGGGGACACCCCCAGCAUGACGGGGACACCCCCAGCAUGACGUGCCGCUGGAAAUGCCCGUCUAUGGGCAGGUUUGGUGGGGGACCCCGUGCUCUGCCGGGCCGCGCCUGCUCCAGCCCCGGGAGCAUCGCUCCCCAUCGCUCCCCGCAGCCGGGAGGGAACAUUUCGGCUGUUAGUUCUACUGCCCUCUGGGGACAGAGAAAACCGGUCCCUGGGCCAGCUCUGUCCCCAAGGACAACUCUAAGCGCCCUCUGGAGUCCUGCCACACGCGAGAGGAGGGCUGUGUAUCAUAAAGCUUAAAAGAAGGUAUUCUAAUAUUAAUUAUAAGUCUAAGAUGUAUAAAGUUCUCACAAACUGUGUUUUACUUCCAGAAAAAAAAAAAACCAACCAACCUGUCACUUUAACUUUGUAAAUAUUUAUGUAAACAUUAUUUACAAAACUUUGAUAUUAUAUAUUAUUUGAUUGUAUAUGUACACAGUGUAAAUACAUUUGUAUCUCUCUCUUGUAUUCUAAAUAAAAAUUACUUGGAACAUUUAUCAUUUAGAAGAUGGAUAGUAUGGAGAGUUUUGUUAUUUGCCGGAGGAAGGAUGCAGUGGCGGGAUGAGUGAAGGUUUUAGCUAACACAAUAAUAGGUGACUAGGGAGAUGCAGCAUUGUCUGUUGGACCAAAUAGUGCAGCUGGGAAGAGGAAAGAUCAGCUUUGGGGAAAAAAAAGUGCCUCCGCAGCCCUGCAAGAGAAGGGGUGAGUGCAGGAGCAGGUAGUGUUAUUUGGCCUGGUACCUCCCAUGUCUCAUGUACAGUCUCCAUUUGAAGCAACAGCUGUUGAUAUCCUUUGAUAUAUUCCAUGAAAUAAUGGUUAUAUUUCAGCUGUGAUGGGCUACAGGUACAAGUCUUGCUUGAAAGAACAACGUUUGAUUUUGGUCUGGUGGCAGCAAAGCAUUUGCUGGAGGUUAGCGCUGGCUUCUUUUGCCUUGGUAUUUUCUCAGCAACUCUGCUGUUUGAAUUAAAUGAAU